AUGUCUCAACACAGGAAACUUCAAGGAUAUGAAUUUUAUCAAACGGUGCUUAAAAAUGCCAAGUACUUCCUCGCCCCUAUGGUGGAUCAGUCCGAAUAUGCCUGGAGGAUUUUAUCUCGCCGAUAUGGAGCUCAAGUAUGUUACACCCCUAUGAUUCAUGCAAGAAUGUUUUGUGACGAAAAAAAUCAACAAUAUCGGACCGACGUAUGGUCAACUGGAGAAAAUGACCAAACAUUACUCAAAGCCGCCUUAAAAAUACAGGACCAUUGUGAUGCAGUAGAUCUGAAUUUAGGAUGUCCACAACAUAUCGCUAAACGUGGUCAUUAUGGAGCUUUUUUACAAGAUGAAUGGGAUUUAAUUUACAAAUUGAAAGUGGAAAAAACAAUAAAGUAUGCUAAAAUGAUUGAAAGUGCUGGUGCACAAUUAUUGACCGUACACGGUCGUAUUCGCGACCAAAAAGGUCACAAUUCUGCGUUAGCAGAUUGGGAACAAAUUACGCUUAAUAUACCCGUCAUUGCCAAUGGAAACAUUCUUUAUUUUGAAGAUAUUGAACGUUGUAUUAAUAUUACAGGUGUUGAUGGAGUUAUGUCUGCAGAGGGUAAUCUUUACAAUCCUGCCAUAUUUUCAGGUAGUAAUUUGCCAACUUGGCAAUUAGCAAAUGAAUACUUAGACAUUUGUCGAACAGUUCCAACAAAAAUUGGCUAUAUUCGUGCGCACCUUUUUAAAAUAUAUAGACCAGCACUUCCAUUUCAUGUGGAUUUAAGAGAACAAUUAGCUAAAGUUGCUACUUUUGAAGAGAUAUGUGCGUUGUCUAAUGAACUACAAAGUCGAUUGAUGAAAACGGCUGCUAGCCAUGUUUAUGAUAAUGCUAUUGAAAAUGAUGUAAAUGGCUAUAAGAAAUUUCCUCAUUGGAUUUGUCAACCUUACAUUCGUUUACCAACAUUGGGAAAUCCUAAUUCUGAAAAAAAAAAUGGAAAAUCCUAA